UUGUCCCCAAAAUCACACCUCUUCGUCACACUUUCUUAGGGUUUCGUAUUUGGCUCUUCCUCGAGGAAUCGAUCUUUGCGCAGUUACAGCAAUGGGAAAGAGAAAGUCAAGGGCAAAGCCUGCUACCACUAAGCGUAUGGACAAGCUUGACACUGUCUUUAGUUGUCCUUUCUGCAAUCACGGCUCUAGUGUCGAAUGCCAAAUUAAUAUGAAGGAGAUGAUUGGUAUUGCAACUUGUAGAAUCUGUGAAGAAAGCUUUAGCACCACCAUCACUGCUUUGAGUGAAGCUAUAGACAUCUAUAGCGAAUGGAUCGAUGAGUGUGAGAGGGUUAACACUGUCGAAGAUGAUGUUGAGCAAGAAGAAGAAUUAGAAGCUGAAGAAGAAGAAGAAGUAGUAUAUGAAGAAGAAGAAGAGGAAGAAGAUGAUGAUGAAGAUGGCCGUGUGUCUGUCAAGAGGAAGUUUAACUACCGAGACGAUUAAUCUUUAUCCAAAACCAUGCAAGCCCUUUUAGACAUUGCCUUUGUAUUGUAAUAUAUAUUCUAUCUGAAGACAUUGCAAGAACCAAAUCUGGUUUUAUCAUAAUUGAUUUUAAAUUUAUGAUGGUUUAUAAUUUG